CUUUGUUAUCUAAGUCCGUUCAGUUCGAGUUCUGUCACUGACCGAGACCGACGCGGCCAUGAAGCUACCGGCCCUGUUAGUUUAUUUAAAAAUAUGUUGCAUCGCCGCAAUCAACCUCGACUACUUAGACCCGACAGUGCUUCAGACUAAAACAUCGCCUCAAGUUCAACAAAAUGCCGCAACUACCAUAAUUAAUAAGUACACCAGUCAAGUCAGUGUUACCAUUGAUCCGCUUCUGUUUAAUAAUAAAAAAGAUGUCUGUGCCCUCCGUACAUCCGAUGGACGUUUGCAAAUCAAAGCUAGUACAGGUGUUGCGGCUCUCUGGGGCUUCAACUAUUAUUUGAAGAAAUACUGCAAAAGUCAAAUAGCUUGGCAAACACAAAGGGUUACUAUACCUGAUACACUGCCGGAGGUCAACGAAGUGAUUGUAGCCAGCGAUAGAUUUAGAUAUUAUCAGAACGUGUGCACCGCGUCGUAUAGCUUCGUGUGGUGGACGCCAGACCAGUGGAUAAAUCACGUAGAAUGGAUGGCACUGAACGGUAUUAACUUGGCACUAGCGCCCAUCGCGCAGGAGGCCGCUUGGGACCGGAUCUAUCGGAAGUUAGGUAUGACCGAUGACGAAAUCAAUGAAUAUUUUACAGGACCAGCGUUCCUUUCGUGGCUUCGCAUGGGCAAUAUUCACGGAUGGGGAGGGCCACUUACUAAAUCUUGGCACGAACGACAGCAGAACAUACAAGAUAGUGUAGUCAGUUACAUGUUUAAGCUCGGUAUAAUACCUGUUUUCCCAGCGUUCAACGGUCAUGUACCGGCAGCGUUUACGAGAUUGUAUCCUAACGUCACCUUCUACUCGGUGGAAAAAUGGAAUAAAUUCAACCCGGAUUAUUGCUGCAGCUUAUUUAUCAAUCCUAGAGAACCUCUGUUCAUGCAAAUAGGGGAAAUGUUUCUGAGAGAGAUGAAUAGUGGUUUGGGUGUGGGUGAUAUUUUUACAGCUGAUCCUUUCAACGAAAUCCAAGUACAACCGUGGUCGACUAGUCUGGUGAGAGAUACUGCAUCUGCCAUAUUCUCGGCGAUAUCGAAAUUUAACAAUAAUGCCGUGUGGUUAGUUCAGAACUGGAUGUUCGUACACAACCCCGUUCAGUGGCCUUUGAAAAGAGUACAGAGUUUCCUUACGGCCGUCCCGGAAGGCAGGAUGUUGGUGCUAGAUUUGCAGUCUGAGCAAUGGCCACAGUAUAAUCUCUAUCAAAUGUACUACGGCCAGCCGUUCAUUUGGUGCAUGCUGCAUAAUUUCGGUGGAACGUUGGGUAUGUUUGGUAAUAUGCAAGCGAUCAAUAAAGACGUAUAUAAAGCAAGAGAUAAAGCGAACAGUACAAUGAUCGGUAUAGGACUGACUCCAGAAGGCAUCAACCAGAAUUAUGUCAUGUACGACUUGAUGCUAGAAGUAGCAUGGCGCAGAGAACCAGUACAAAAUCUCGAUAACUGGGUGGCAGACUAUGCUGAAAGAAGGUACGGUUGUAAUACUACAUCGAGUGCAUGGAGAUAUUUAUUGAAGAGCGUAUACAAUUUCAGCGGGCUUAAUCCUAUUAGGGGUAAAUAUGUAAUCACUCGCCGGCCAAGUUUCCGGAUACGACCGUGGGCCUGGUACAAAAGCAGCGAUCUGUUGAACGCAUUUAAAGAGUUCGUACUCGCCACCAACUCCGGCUGCAAUUCCGAUGGCUUUUAUUAUGAUCUCGUAGAUGUUACUCGACAAGCAUUGCAAUACAGAGCGGAUCAGCUGUAUUUGGAUAUUUUAAAUCAAAGAUUUUCAAAUGUGAUGGCUUUUAACGCUUCAAUUGUUCGGUUUAUCGACCUGAUGAACGAUAUGGAAAAUAUUUUAGCUACUAAUAAUAAUUUUAAGCUUGUCGACUGGCUGACAGCAGCUCGAAGCGUGUCUAAUGACAAUACAUUUUUGUACGAACUAAAUGCUAGAAAUCAGAUUACGUUGUGGGGUCCAAAUGGAGAGAUAUCUGACUAUGCCUGUAAGCAAUGGGCGGAAUUGUUCCAUUAUUAUUACACGCCGAGAUGGUCGUUGUUCUUAUCUAUGGCACUAGACGCAAAAGCUCGUAAUGAGUUUUUCGAUGAGAGCAGUGCCCAGAAAGUUGUUAGAUCGUCUGUCGAAGAACAAUUUCUGACAGUCGCAAUUGAGCCUUUGCAAUGUAAUGAUACGAAAGCGGUGGCAUUUUAUAUGUACGAGAAAUGGGGUUUCGUAUCAGGUCUCGAAGAUUUGCCGCUCAGCAUUGUCAGAUCAAAUCCUUCGAGAAGAACAACUCUACCUGAUGUUGACUCCGCAGAGCGGGAAGUGGACUUACCAACUGUAAUACACUGGCAUUCGACAACACCAACUGACUAAAUUGAAAAUUAUAUACCAACAAGGAUUCGGUGGACAUAAGUCAUACUAAAUUAUGUAACUUAGUGGGCUACAAGACAAAAUUCAAUAUCUGUCCGUGUCAAUGUUAUUUGUAAACUGUGAAAACAAAGAACCUAUCAGAUAUUUUUG